AAACGACGUUGUGGUUGAGCCAGGUAUUUCCGUUUGGCUGUGUUGUUCAUAUUCAUUCCUUCUUUUCUUUCGAUUCUAAACAAAGUAGCGACUUACUACACGCUCCUUCGAGAUAUUUCUUAAUAAUGUUGUCUAAGGCUAUUGCCGUCCUGGCGGCGGCGACGUUGACGUCGGCCGCUACGCCCAUGGGCUUUAUGCCCCAAUCAAACACUCCCCUAAUUGUUUCUUACGGAGGCAUCUCGGCACUGGAUGGCGUGAACUUGCCUAGGGAUUCUAGUCAGACGCAACCCACAAUCGCGACCGAGCAGCAGCUUAAGGGCCAGUAUGCGGUGAUAAUGGUUGACAUCGACGUCCCGACCAACCAGCCCCCCAAGACCGGAACUCUUCUCCACUGGAUGCAGACCGGCCUCAUGUCUGCCGACACCCCGAUGACGCUCAACACGACCGCCGGGCCCAAGAAGGUGUUCCUCAUGCAGAACAAGAUGAACGCGGCCGCUCUGGCGCCUUACAUUGGCCCCAACCCGCCCGCGAGAGAGCCUCUCAGCCAUCGAUACACCUUUGUCGCGGUCGACCAUACGAUGAUCACGCAGCAAGGCCUUAUGGCCCUCUCCGGCGCGGCUCAAAGCCGUCGUGACUUCAACGUCAUGAACGGUCUCAUGGCGGCCGGUCUAUCAGACAAGGUUGUCGCCGGUAACUUCUUCCGCGUCACGAACGCCGGACCCGUUGGCGCUGGCCAAGGAACUGGAGAAGGAGGCGGCCGCGGUAACAGCACUGGUGGAGGAGGUGGCAUGCCCAUGCAGCCCAAGCCGAUGCCGAUGCCGAUGCCGAUGCCCGCCCCUGCGCCCCCCGCUGGAACCCCGACUACGCCCGGAGGCGGUGGUAUGCCUGGUAUGCCCAACAUGCCCGGCAUGAGCAUGGCCCCCGGUAUGACGACGCCGAUGCCCGGUAUGCCCGGUGCCAGCGCGCCCCCUGUUGGUGGUGCUCAGCCGUCAAACCCCGCCCGCGCCAGUGGUCUCAGUCUCGCUCCCGGUCUCGGUAUCAUGACCAUGGGUCUCUGCCUCAUCGGUUCCCUGUUCAUCUUCAUGUAGACCUUUA